AACACCCGUUAAGUCGUUUGCUCACAAUUUUCACUCCCCCCCCCCAAGCACCUCUCUUUUUCUGUCGCUCUUCUAAACCAGUGAUUGAGCUAUGAAUGCCCCUGAUCGUUAUGAGCGAUUCGUGGUUCCCGAGGGCAUAAAGAAGGUUGCGUAUGAAAGGGACACAAAGAUUAUAAAUGCGGCUUCGUUUACUAUUGAAAGAGAAGACCACACCAUUGGAAAUAUCAUUCGAAUGCAGUUGCAUAGGGAUGGGAAUGUUCUGUUUGCCGGUUACAAGCUUCCUCAUCCUCUUCAGUACAAGAUUAUAGUCCGGGUUCAUACAACUAGCCAAUCUUCUCCAAUGCAAGCCUAUAAUCUGGCUAUCAAUGAUCUUGACAAAGAACUUGAUCAUCUUAAGGCUGCAUUUGAGGCUGAGGUCGCAAGGGUUUCGGGGGAGUACUGAUAAUGAUCAUAGAGAGGUCACAGGUGUUAUCGUAAAAGCUUCACUUGCAAAUAAACUUAGCUUAGCAUGUUGCUUUGAAGUUGUGAACAUAUGUGGGUUGUAAGUCUAGAAACUAGUAGCCUUCAUGGUUUGAACAGUGAAUGCUAUAUGUGCUUUAGGAUUUUGGUGAAUUUUUAUUGUUUUGAUUAUUCAAUGCUUAUAUUUUCUCUAA